AUGUCGACUUUCGAUGGCAUUGUCUCAGAGUUCCCCGAAAUUCAAAUUGAUUACUUUCGGCAGAAUCCAAAUCGGCCAGCACCCCUGGCCUGUUUCCUAAGCCAUGUGCAUAGCGACCAUCUACAGGGUCUAGAGUCCUUUCGAGCUCCAUUCAUUUACUGUUCCCCGGCCACUCGUGAACGUCCCAUACCACUUAACACACCAACAGAUAUUGAACUCACACCCAAAAAACAUGUCAGGGUCACUCUGUUCGAUGCAAACCACUGCGUGGGAGCUGUCAUGUUCCUAAUCGAGGGGAGUGGCAAUGCUGUGCUCUACACAGGGGAUAUUAGAGCUGAAAAAUGGUGGACCGAUGCGCUGAUCCGACACCCCCUCUUAAUACCAUACACCCUGGGGAAAAAGCGACUGGACAAAGUCUACCUCGACACAACUUUCGCUACUAAAUCAAAUCCCCUCCGAGAGUUCCCAUCCAAGGCAGAAGGGCUAUCGGAGCUUCUUACGAAGGUAGAAGCUUAUCCAGCGGAGACGAUUUUUUACUUUCGGGCCUGGACUUUCGGUUACGAGGACGUUUGGCUCGCUCUUUCGGCGGCAUUAAAUGCGAAGGUUCAUUUGGAUCGAUAUCAACUCGGUCUUUAUCGUGCUCUAAUGAGUACAUCUGGAGGAAAGGAAAUUAAUGAAGCCCAUGCGCUUUGUGGGUUCGAGCUGGGUAACAGAUCUGUCGCUGGUUGUCUAAGCGAUGACGAUGCCAGCAGGAUUCACAGCUGCGAACCGGGUGUCUCGUGCAAGGCUGCUCGUGGUCCUAAGACAGUAUACAUCACCCCCAUCGUGAACCGUACUCGGGAAGGCGACGAGAUCCCAGAGGCCGGUGCUGGUGGAGGCGCGGGAGAUCUAUAUCAAGCUCACGAAUUAGAACUACCGGAUGAGUCUGCCCUCGCUAGGCUAGAGGAACUUUGUGCCCGGCACAUUCACGACCCGGAGGCUUUAUCGAAAACACGAACUGCAUUGCUAGAGGCGUUCCGGUCACGGAAACGAACAUUAUCUCUUGAUCGAUAUGAUGUUCACGAUGAUGAAAUUCCUCUAGAACAGCUGGUAACGAAGCUCAGCCAUAGAAGUGGCGAUAACAAAGACACCAAAACCGACUCUGAUCUCCCUAAUACAAUUAAUUUCCCUUACUCCCGCCAUUCAUCCUAUUCCGAACUGUGUCACCUCAUUGCUGCGCUGAAGCCAAAAGAUGUCCAUCCCUGCACGGUAGAUCCGUCCUCCUGGUCCGAAUCAGUCUCCAUCCGGUACCUGUUUGGUCACCUCUGCUCAGGAGAGAAGUUUUCCCAUGAUGAUCACAUGCACGAUAUACUAGAUGCUCAAUACGACGAAGAGCAUCAUGCAAGAAAGCGAGUUCGGUACAAUAAUCAUGAUGGUAAUGGUAACGAAAACGGAAACGAAAACGAUAUCGACGACGACCUUGCAACCCAGUCUUCCCAACGAAGCAGCAUGCCCGAAGAGCCUACUUUAAAUACCAACCGAACCCCUCUCGCCCAAUAUCCAGUCGCAACCACCAUUUCAGACAGAGCCGCAACCAGACACAGUGAGAUUCAAAAAGCACACCGCUACCUACAUGAAAUUGCCGACUCGGACUUAUUACAAAUCGGUCCUCUGCCUUCAUCUUUUCCUACAGAAAAAGUAAAUGCUUCCUUUGUUUCCAACACCACUUCCAACGGGCACACAGACCAAGAUACAACUACAUCCCAGGAUCUACCGCUCAUCCCAACUGAUACCAACGAACAACAACAAUCACAAUCACCACUAAACGAGAGUCAAAUAACAGAUACCCUCACAUUAUCUAUAACUAAAUCUACACUCGCUCCAUCAUCGCCCGUAGACGCCGAUGCUGCUCUGAUGGCAUCUGAUUCUGAUUCUGAUUCUUCUCCGGAGAUAUCUCCAAAUGGAACGCAGGGGUCUAAGAUACGACGAAGUGCUGGGCGAAGAAGAGUUAUGGCGCGUUUACGUGGUCGUGUCUCGGCUUAUCUUGCUGCUUCAGAUGGGUCUUAUUCGGCGUGGGAAGAACAUUCGCUUGUUUCGGCGGGUGAUAACCAUGCUGAGGAGACGGAGUUAUGA